AUGGGGAAUGUGAAUGGCAGAGAAGAAGAUUUCAACGGCACACUCUCGGAAGCUUCAUCUGAUGAUGGAGAAAGAGAGGGAGGUUUUGACAGUGUCAGCGAUUCCAUCCCUAGAACUACUCAAUCUCCGUUAAUGUUCUCUCCUCAGGUUCCGGUGGUUCCACUACAAAGACCUGAUGAGAUGCAGGCUCCAACCUCUUCCUGGAUGCAAACUACUUCAGGGUACGAGGAUAUGUUUGAUGAAAUUGGAAUUCCGACAAUGAUUACUUGGAGUUAUGGUGGUAAAGAAGUUUCCGUGGAGGGGUCAUGGGAUAAUUGGAAAUCCAGAAUUCCCUUGCAGAGAUCUGGAAAGGACUUCACUAUAAUGAAGGUGCUGCCAUCUGGUGUGUACCAGUUUAGAUUUAUCGUGGAUGGACGAUGGAGGCACGCACCUGACUUGCCUUGGGAACAAGAUGAUGCUGCCAAUACCUACAACAUUCUCGACUUACAGGAUUAUGUUCCUGAAGACAUUGGAAGCAUUUCUAGUUUUGAACCACCAAAAUCACCAGACUCUAGUUACAACAACUUACACCUAAGUUCCGAAGAUUAUGCUAAGGAGCCACCACUGGUUCCUCCAUUCAUGCAAAUGACUCUUCUUGACGUUCCUUCAACAAAUAUGGAGUUUGAACCUCUCGUGUCCAGACCACAACAUGUAAUGCUCAAUCAUCUCUAUAUGCAGAAAGGAAAGAAUAGCCCUUCAGUGGUUGCACUCGGGACAACUCAUCGAUUCGUAGCGAAAUAUGUCACUGUGGUGCUGUACAAGUCUUUGCAGCGGUAA